UCUUCUACUAUGUAUAGUCACUGCAAGUGUGUUUGAGAAAAUUCUGUUAAUUUUUCACAUGGAUCACGUAACUUAACAGGGAAGCUGGAAUUUGGUGAAACAGUGUACAUCGAAAUGAUUGAGUCGUGCACAAAAAAGCGAAUGUUAACUGGCAUUACAUUAUUAGGAGGAUUAACAGUAUUAGUAUUAAUUGUUGAAAGUCAUUGGACAGAUAGUCCAAGUAAACUAUAUUUGGAAAAUUUUGAAAACAAUGCAACAUGUAUCUCUGGAGAGGAAUAUGAAGUACUUUCAGAAUGCCAUCCAUGUACUGCUUUUGAAAUAGCUAGUAAAAGCAUUGAUGUAUGUGUUCAUGCAAGAUACAAAGAAGUAUUAAAAUGUAAAAGUGGUGAGACUAUAACAAGAAGUUGUGACAGGGUAGCUUGGUUAGAAGAAAGAGAAUUUUGGAAGUUUGAAACACUCAUGUUCCUUUUGGCAUUCACCUCUUGUAUCAGUGUCUAUUGGAGAGAAAAUAUUCUGAGACAAAGGAUAAUAAGAAAAGUAGCCAAACAACUAAGGGUUAGCGUAUAGCUAGCCUCAAGUAAUUAAUAUUUUUAUUUGUUUUAUCAACACCUAUAUGAUUUCUUAGGCAGCUG